UGUGAUCCCUGUGUGAUCCCCGUGUGAUCCCUGUGUGAUCCCUGCUCUCCCAGCUGGCCUACCCGCACCGGGUGAUCAUCCUGAAGGCCAUGGAGACCGUGGUGAGGGACAACAUCGACCUGCUGGACAAGAGCACGGCCAAGGUGGUCAUCUUCCUGGCCUCCAGCGAGAUGACCAAGUCCAAGGACGUGAUCUGGGAAUGGCAACAGGCCGCCAGCAACGUCCUGGUGGCCGUGGGGCAGCGCUUCGUCAACAAGGUCAUGGAGGAGGUGCUGACCAAAUUCCAGCCGGGAAUUCUGCCCCACUACUUCGUCCUGCAGACCUUCGCCAACCUCGCCGUGUCCAACGUUUUUGGAAUGGUGCCUUUCCUCAACUCCAUCCUGGGGACGAUGCUGCCCAUGCUGGGAAUGGCCAAGCAGGACCACAUGAAAUCCGUCUUCUGCUACG